AGUCUACUCUAUUUUUUUCUAGAUCUACCAAAGACGUCUACAUAAUUGUCAUGCAAUGUCGAGAUUCAAUUUUAAUACAUUUUUUCACAGACAUGUUUUAUUUUACAAAAACUGCAACAAACAAAUACGAAGAAGAUAUUCAGUUGACAAUAUUAAAACUUUAUUAUCUAAGCAAGAAAUUAGCAAUAACGAAAUAACUAUUAGGGGUUGGGUGAAAGGCGUUCGCCAAUACAAGGAACUGACAUUUCUCCAUUUGAAUGAUGGAUCGGGCCCACAGCACUUGCAAGUCAUUGUUCCCUUGACUGUAUCUGCCAACAAAGAAAUCACAUUCGGGAGCUGUGUAGAGGUUAAAGGCAAGCUGAUAGAAAGUAUUGGACAAGGACAAAAAGUAGAGCUGGUUUCUGAUUCCAUAGAUAUCAUUGGUCCUUGUAACAACCUGGAGUUUCCAUUCAAGGCAGGAAGAAGACACCCCGCCUCAUACAGCAGAGAUAUUUUACAUCUCAGACCCAAAACAAAUUUUUUUUCUGCCUUGUUACGCAUCAGAAAUGCUGCUUCCAUGGCAGUGCACAAUUUUUUUCAGGCAGAAGAUUUUGUCUUUAUUCACACUCCUGUCCUGACGUCCAGUGAUUGUGAAGGAGCAUGUGAAAUGUUUAUAGCACAGCCUCUAAAAUCAGAUCUCUUAACAUCCAGUGAUAGUGAGAAUGAGACUGGCACAGAGAAAGAUGGAGAGCCAAAGUAUUUCUUUAGACAGCCGUCCUAUCUGACUGUAUCUGGGCAACUUCACCUGGAAGUCAUGACUGGAGCCUUCACAAAAGUCUAUAAUUUUGGACCAGCAUUCAGAGCUGAGAAUUCUAUUGGCAGUUUUCAUCUUUCUGAGUUCUACAUGAUUGAAGCUGAGUUGGCAUUUAUUGAGAGUAUAGAGGAUUUGUCAACUGUGAUGGAAAGACUGGUCAAGUUCACUGUCCAGAAAACAUUAGAUUCCUGUCCAGAAGACGUCUCAUUAUUUCAGAAGUUUGUAGCUACAUCAAAACACAAGGGGAUACUCAAAAACAUCACAGAGUGUAACUAUGAAAGAAUGACCUACACAGAUGCCAUAAACAUUCUUAAAAAGUCUGGGGAAAAAUUUGAAUACACACCAGAAUGGGGCUGUGAUUUAAAGAAAGAGCAUGAAAUGUAUCUGACAAAAGUUGUGGGGGAUGCCCCGGUGUUUGUGACUGACUAUCCAGCCCAGCUCAAACCUUUCUAUGCCCGGAGGAACAAUGAUGGGAUCACAGUUUCAGCACUUGACCUUUUAGUUCCAGGUAUCGGUGAGUUAUGUGGUAGCAGUCUGAGGGAAGAGAGGGCUGAUGUGCUGGAGUCUGUCAUGAAAAAAUUAAAUCUAUUGGAACAGAUUCCUUGGUAUCUUGAACUAAGAAAAUUUGGUUCAUGUCCUCAUGGUGGAUUUGGCUUAGGGUUUGAAAGACUGCUGAUGGCCACACUAGGAGCAGAAAGUUUAAAAGAUGUUAUUCCUUUUCCACGUUGGCCUAGGAACUGUAGGACUUAACUCAGUAUUUUAAUCUAAUCUUGUUCUUGCUAUUAUUAAGUGGUUUUUGUAUAUUAGAUUAUAAGUAGACGUGUAUUUUCUAUUACAAAUGUUAUACAAAUGUACAAAUACAAAAGCUGAUAAUUACUAUCUAUGAUUUUCGUUUUUUUUUUGUUUUCAACAAUUGAUAACACAAAAUAGUAAUAAGACUUGUCUUUGAGUCCGUAGAAUAAGGAGUACAGUAUUUAACAUAGCUAUGCAGUCCCAGCUGUGAUCUACAUGUUUUGCCAAAUCUAGUGCAGACAUAACAGUUGUCUGCCGGUUGUCAUUUAGGUUCUCUUUUUGCUUUCUUGUCUGAUCUCGGUAGUAGGUUUCCUUUUGGUUUCAAAUGUGUAUCCCGCAGCCUUUGCAAAAAACCUUCAGCUGUCUCAUUCCAAAGCAGUCUGCAGCCAGGUACUCUCUUCAUUGUCAGUUAAAAGCAAGCUGGCGCCUAAGCUGGUCUUCAAUUGGGUUUUCAGGAGGGGUCGGGAGUACUUCUGUUAUGCCCAUCACUUUUUAGCUCAUCUUAAAAGAUUGCCUUUGGAAAAUGGUAGUCACCCAUAUGGGACAUGUUCACAAAUAGCUUUGCUAUUUAUAGUACUGUCUUUGUAUGCCCAUGAUGAAGUACAGACUUCUUGCAUACAAAAUACUGAUAUAUACACAAUGCAACUGUCCUGCAUUUCUCAAAGUAAUUUGAAACUUACAAGCACUAUUUUUUUUGCAUGAUUAUCUUGAGGCAUUACACACAUAAAGACUUAGAAAGAAUCAACACAACAAAAUGUUGAAGGAUUUUCUUUUAUUUGUCACUCCAUUGUUCAAUAAUGUAGUCAUGAAAAUAAAAAACAGAAGAUUAUAAUUUACUGAACUUUAGGACAUUUAAAAAAAAAUCAUCCAAUAGUUCCUACAGACAACAAACUUCAUUCUCAACCACAAAAUUACAUCUAGCAUGAGUCCUUGUUAGACUGGACAUAUAUUAUAAAUAAACAGGCAUACUUUUUAAAUUAACUUUACAUCUGCCUUCUGUAGGAGAUUGAGUUAACAAUAAGACUAUUACAGGCAUACAGCUAGAAAUGCAUUGUAACUACUACAUCAAUAAACACUUGACCAUACAUUAAAAACUGAUCAUUAGCCAUCAAAUAGCUUCUGUUCUAUAAAUAUACAAAACGAUUAUUUCACAAAGCUCAAUCUCAUAUAAUAAGAAAUCCAAUGUCAUUUCUGCAGUCAGUCCAUCACAUUCACACUUUGUCAUACAAAACUUUUAAAACUAACGUUUGCUUUAAACACACCUUACGCUUGUUACCUCCAUACAUUUCAUUGUCUCUCUGACAAGUCACAGAAAAUGUUCACAUGCUUCAAAUGUUUCUUCACUGCUGAAAAUGAUUACAUGCUGGCCCAAACCUCUCACAGGAUGGCGGGGUGGGCUGGGUUCAAACCCGGGACUAUCAAAAUGAUAGUCAAGAGCACAUACCACUGGACCAAGCAGAUAUCCAGUACUACAUGCUAGGAAAUGACUUUUCCUGCAUAGAAUCUGUAUGGGAGUCAUGUCACUUGUACACACUGAGAUAGUAGAAGUAAGAAUGGAAGUGUAUUGACCCAUUCCAGUUAUUCUACUGAUCAAACUCUUCAAAUGACUAGUUGGAUAUUACUGAAGCACUAGUCAAAUAUUACGUUAUAUAUAUAUAUAUCAUUAAUAAAAUAAUAAAAUAUGCUUGAAAAACAUACAUACACACAGUUUGAAAAACAAUUGUCCAAGCUAAAAAUUAUAGUCAUCUGGAUGAUAUUAUCUUACAAUAUACAAUAAAUUAAAAACAAAAAAAAAGUCUUAUGUAGGUCUCUUGAUUCAUUGUAAUUGGCCAACUUAACUUAAAAGAUGCAACCUGCAUGAUAAGGAAAUGAAAGAAAAUAAUACUACAAAGUACUUUAUGGUUUUGGUGUAUGAUGGCUGAGUGGUAAGGAGCUUGGAUACUGAACUGAGGGGGGUCUUAAGUUCAAAUCCCCGCAAAGACUGGGACUUAGAAUUUUGGGCAAGAGUGCUCCAGAGUCCACCCAAUUCUAAUGGGUACCUGACAUCAGUUGGAGAAAACAAAGUGUGGUUGGUCAUCAUGCUCUGGCCACUUGAUACCCUCUUUAACCAUGGGCCACAGAAACAGAUGACCUUAACUUCAUCUGCCCGACAGAAUGCAAGGUCUGAAAGGGGUAAUUUUGUU